GCCGCCGGCUUCUAUUGUCUCUCUGUUUAUCAGAACUGACUCUGUUGCGCUCCUUCAUUCUCUUCUCCGGCUUCAGCUUAUUUUGGUGUUAGGGUCUGUUACUGGAAUGGCUCAGUGUGUAAGGUCAACUCUAAAUCCUUUGAGAACACCCCACAGCGUUACUAAGAGAGUGACUGUAAAAAACCCAGCUUUUGCAUCAGUCUCGUUCCUUAGAACAUUACCGGAGUUCAAGAAAUAUCCAAAACCCUGUUCAUUGGUUAUGUCUUGCCAGGGCAAGGUCCAAAACCAGCAGGAGGAGCGACCGCAACUGUCUCUUGACGAUUUAGUCACGAGUAACCGGAAAGGAGAGGUUCUUGGCACAAUCAAAGACUCGCUUUCUAAUUGUCUCUCUGAGACGAAUCUUCUUGCGACUGUUCCUGGUCUGAAAUCUAGAAUCAAGGGAAAGGUCAGAGAUAUUUAUGAUGCUGGUGAUUAUCUGAUUCUUAUUACAACUGAUCGGUUGAGUGCAUUCGACAGAAACCUUGCUUCAAUUCCCUUCAAAGGCCAGGUUCUUAAUGAGACAAGUUUGUGGUGGUUCAAUAACACACAGCACAUAACUCCAAAUGCCAUCGUUUCAUCUCCUGAUAGAAAUGUUGUUAUCGCAAAGAAAUGCUCGGUUUUUCCCAUAGAGUUUGUGGUUAGAGGAUAUGUGACUGGAAGUACUGACACAUCUUUAUGGACGGUGUACAAUAAAGGUGUUCGGAACUAUUGUGGGAAUGAGCUCUCAGAUGGAUUAGUAAAAAACCAGAAGCUUCCAGCUAAUAUACUUACACCAACAACUAAGGCUGCGGAUCAUGAUGUGCCCAUCUCUCCAAAUGAGAUAGUUGAACGUGGAUUCAUGACUCAAGCUGAAUUUGAUGAAGCAAGUAUGAAAGCUUUGAGCUUGUUUGAGUUUGGGCAGUGUGUUGCCAAGGAACAUGGACUGAUACUGGUGGACACAAAGUAUGAGUUUGGAAGAAGUAGUGAUGGCUCAAUCUUAUUGAUUGAUGAGAUUCAUACACCCGAUUCCAGCAGAUACUGGCUUGCGGGUUCAUAUGAAGAGCGCUUCCAAAAAGGCCUGGAGCCUGAAAAUGUUGAUAAGGAGUUCCUAAGAUUGUGGUUCAAAGAGAACUCUAAUCCUUACGAGGACGAGGUCCUGCCUGCUGCUCCAGCAGAACUCGUGACUGAAUUAGCUUGGCGGUACAUUUUCUUGUAUGAAACUAUCACUGGAUCAAGAAUUGACAUUAUUCCGACUCAGGAACCGAUACAUGACCGAAUCUCAAGAAACACAAGCCAAGCACUUUCAUCUCUCCGUCAACUUUGAUCUUUUAUAUAACCUUUAGCCAAAGGGGCAGAGAGCAUAAGUCUGUUUCUUGUUGCAUUGUUGUCCUAAUUGAUUAUGAAUCAAAGAGAGCUUAAGUUCAAAUUGAGCAGUCUUUUAUAAACGAAUAAACAUGUAAAAACUAA